UAUCUUCUUCACCGGUGCAUCUCAGUUUUGUGUAGUAUAAGGGAGCCAGACCACAUCCCAAAUGCUUCACUAAAGACCAGCAGUGGAAGAAAUUUUCAUUGUUCAUCGGUUAUCAGUACUGUUGGCAGCUAGAGAAGAAGGCCACAACAUCAGCCAUGAGUACCAUGAAGUUUUGCCGUGAGUGCAAUAACAUGCUGUACCCAAAGGAAAACAGGGAGCAGAAGAUCCUUCUUUAUUGCUGCCGCAACUGUGAUCAUCAGGAGGUUGCUGAUAGCAACCGUGUAUAUAGAAAUGUGAUACAUCAUUCUGUUGGUGAGUUCGCACAAGUCCUACAGGAUGUAACAGCUGAUCCAUCUCUUGCCCGUACAAAGUCAGUUAGGUGUGCUCUCUGCAAUCAUCAAGAAGCGGUUUUCUUCCAGGCUACCACGCGGGGGGAGGAAGGCAUGACACUGUUCUUUGUCUGCUGCAACCCAAGUUGUGGCCAUAGAUGGAGAGAUUGAUGAAACAAUCUUCACACAAACUACAAGUUAUUGCUACCAAGUUAAACCAACUGAAAAUAAAGAUACAUUGUGGUGUUCUAAAACUACCUAACUUGAAUCUGCACAUACAAUCAAUUUAAUUGUGUCAUAUAAAAUUUUCACUUUUCUCUUA